UUUCAUGCAUUACCUGUGAAAAGACUCAUUGGUUCCUUCAGGACACAAGAAAACAAACUUGGUCUGUUUGGCACCAGGGUGUCAAUUUACCCUCCACUAAUUACCUGCAGCCGCGACUGAGCUUUGCUUUUACGCGCAGGCUGAAGGGAGAGGUGCAAACAGAGCAAUCUGCUGCGAUGAAAACAAAGUGGCAUGUCUAUAUUUUGUGGAGUGUUUUGUCACUUGGCCUCAUCUGCUGUGCAGCAGACACAUACGGAUCUGCAUUUACAAGAAGGAAAAGGGGGUUUUCAAACCUGGGUAAUCUAAAAUCCAAACCAGUUCAAGUGUCAACAGAAUUCUCCCUGAAGUUACCUGCCAGCGCUCCUCCAUUGACUAAACUCAGUCCACCAACGCGUCUCCCUCCUCUGAAACCUCGAUCCAUGCGCCCUGCAAAGAUCCAAUCGGACUUUGCCGCUGUCCCGGACGUCUCUGUGACCUGCUCCACGUCUGACUUGGUCGUGCGAGUCAAACCAGCUUUCUACGGUCUGGGCGCAGAGGCAGACGAGCUGAGAUUAGGAGGCACGUGCAGAAGCAACGGGGUUCUCACACCGUACGGUGACCUCCUCUUCACGUAUCCGCUGACAGCGUGUGAUUCAGUGCGCGAGGCUCCUCGGGGUUACCUGGUCUACAAAUUCGUGCUCCAUUACGCGCCAUCGCCAAAACGGUUCCCAAGCAGAGCGCAAAGGAUCGAUGUCGACAUUGAAUGCCGUUAUCAGAGGAACCAUCACGUGUACCAACUCGCUGUGAAACCCACCUGGCAAACUGCCGUGAUGCGUAAAAGGCUGCAAGGGCGACCCAGUGACUUCAAGAUCGAGUUGAUGGAUGAUUCCUGGAGCACACCAGCCAGGCCCCACGUUUACCAGCUUGGCCAGACAGUAAAUGUCCAGGUCUCUGCCCUGCAUCUCCCCUUUGGAGGAAAACUGUACAUCAGUAGCUGCUAUGCAACACCAUCCAGUGGCUCCAAAUCAUUUCUCAAAUACACCAUCAUCAACAAUUUUGGUUGUAUGCUGGACAGCAAGAGAGACCCGGGGGCCUCUCGGUUCAUCUAUCGCACAGACAAGACCCUGCAGUUCUCUCUGAAGGCCUUCCACUUUACCCCUGACCCUGACACUGAGGUCAGCAUUCACUGUGAAUUAUCAGUCACAUCAGAGGAUCCCAGUCCUACACACAAAGCUUGCACCUACAGAGGAAACAGGUGGAAGGCCCUCACUGGUGAUGACUCUUUAUGUGAAUGCUGUGAUUCACAGUGCCUGACCUCUGAACCCUGGAAGGCCAUGACAGAAGGUUCUGCCAGCAGUGAGUCGCUGCUCGUCUCCGAUCAGCCGUACGCAACAGAGGAGGGUUUUCUACCACUCAGUCCUUCCCUGUUCAGCGUGAGCAGAGAGGACAAGACCACAGUCAGUCGACAAAUUGAUGAGCAGCGCAGUCCUGAGUUUGUGUGGGAAAGUGCAGAUGUAGUAGAAUAUGAUGAUUAUGAUGAUGAAGAAGAGUACACAGAAGAGGAGCUCGGUGAAGUGGAAAGCAGGAUAAUCUUCGGCCUUACGACAGAACCCAAGUCAGAGAAAUCAGUUUUCAGGCAUGGUGUUUUAGUGGAGGAGAGGAGCGAGGCUGAAGUGAAGAAUGUAAAUGAGCCUGAAGUGGACGGCUCAGCGUAUGACACGGAGAAUGUUUUCGAGGGUGAAGAAGAGCAAGAAAUAUCUGAGGGAAGAGAAGAUGAGACCUCUGAUGCUCAGCAGAUAAUCCAUUCGAAUCAGAGGGAGGGUGAAGUGCUCCGUCACUGGGCGCAGUUGGAGCAGCUAAGAGUCGGCCUGCAGAGAGAGGUGCAGCCGCCGGUGUCUGAUGGUGAGGAGGAAAAGAGGACGUACACUGGUAGAGGUGAAGAGCAUGAUAGGGCCUAUGAUGAAGAGAGGAAGAACGAUGAUGAUCUGGCAGAUGUAGAUGAUAUGACAUGGUAUUUCACAUGGAGGUAGUAUUAGUUCAAUAGAUUCUCCACUUAAAGACUGUUCUAGUUCUUCAUACAUUUCAUUUCAAUAAAAACAAAUAUGAAAAUGCAAA